GAGACCGGAGAGGGGCCCCCAGAGCAGCCUGCAGGGCAGUAUGAUCCCUGAAUUCCUCUGCCUCCUCUGCUUUGGGCUGUGUGCUGGUCAAGGAAGCAGGGGGACUGACGAGUCCCUUCCCAAGCCCUCCCUCAGGGCCUGGCCCAGCUCGGUGAUGCCUCGCUGGAGUAACGUGACGCUGCAAUGCCAGACUUCUACCAAGAAUGUCAACUUUGUUCUCAGAAAGGGAAAAGUUCCUUUGGAGUCUGUGCAAUCAUGGAUUUCCACAGAUGGGCCGGCUGAAUUUCACCUCACUGACCUAAAAACCAACAGCGCUGGAGAGUACACCUGUGACUACUACAGACGGGGGCCCCCCCACACACAUUCACAGCCUAGUGACGUCCUCCUACUACUGGUGACAGGAGAUUUACCUAAACCUUCCCUGCAAGCCCACCAAAGGGGUGAGGUGACCGCAGGAGACACCGUGACCUUGCAGUGCCAGAGGCCAGACAAUAUUUUUGUGCCUGUAAUGUUCGCUCUACUGAAGGCGGGAGCGGCAGGGCCCAUACGGGUCCAGAGUCCAGCAGGGAAGGAGACAGACUUUUCCCUCCGGACUGUGACAGUCAAUGACGCCGGGAACUACAGCUGUGUGUACUUUCUGAUGAAGGCUCCUUUCUUGACCUCACAGCCUAGCAGUCAUCUCGAGAUCCAGGUGACAGCUCCCCCAGGGGCCGCGUCCCGGGAUUACACCUCGGGCAACCUCAUCCGACUGGGUCUGGCUGCAGUGAUUGUGGUGAUUAUGGGGGCUUUCGUGGCGGAAGCCUGGUGCGGCCAGAAGGAGUCUCCACGUGGAUCCACAUAAAACAGCUGAGCGCGUCUCUUCUUUGGGCUGGUGUCACGACACGGGGCUCUGUCAACACCAGACUCCACCAUGGGACUUCUUGUGGUUCUCAACGUAGACACAGACAGCAUUUUGGGUGGGAUAGUUCUUCAUCACAGGGGACUGUUCUGUUUGUUGUGGGAACACUUAGCACCACUUCUCAUUCCCAUUAAAGAGCAGUUGAAACCCCAGUCAUCGUGGAAGAAGAUAGCAAGCAAGUUCUAUUGUGCUUUUCCCAACAGCCCUAGAUGUGGAGGACGGGAGUGUGUGGUGUUCCCCUGGCGGACAGCCUGUGUUUGGGGACCAGGAGAAAUAUUUCUUCUCUUCCUCCCUCUCCUGAUCUCAGGUCUGUCCUUCUAUGCAUAGGCUCCACAGCUGUCUGGGGAGUGAGGCAUCCUUCGUCAAGUUAACAGCCUGUGUGAGAUCUUUGGGGGAGGUUUGGGAAGCUUGCAGAUGAAAUGUGACCUCACUCAUUUCCUGACAUUAUGGAAGACCCAAAGUGGCCCCUGAGAGUGUCAUCUAGGAUCGAGUGGCCAGGAACUGUCCCCCAUAUUGAAGGCUUCUUGGUGCUCAGGACAACAGAGAUUAAGACAGAAUCACUUGGUUGUAAAGUUGUUCAUGUAUCAAAAUCAAAAUUAAUAAAGUACAUGGCACCAGCUCACUUUUCCUGGAACCAGGAUAUGGAAAA